AUGAUUAAGCAAUAUUGGUUGGAAUAUUAAUAGUUUACAAUAGGGUUUUCUCAAAUAAUACUUUCUCGAGAUUCUAAAUAUUUAUGGAUUUUGGUAGAAGUAGUGGCUCAUUUAUAAAGAUUAGCAUUAACAUUUCUUUUCAAAGUAAUAAUUGAAAUUCUUCAAGUAAGACUAUAUAAUAAGGAAAUUAAAACAGAUGAUUCAUACUAAUUAUUUGAAUUGAUAUCUAAAUUAUGUGUUCCAUCAAUUUUAAUACUUGAGAGUGUUCCUAAUUCAGGAUUAAUUGGAUUUCAAUUAGUAAUAAUUGUAAUCAUAUAUACACCUAUUUGUGUUAAUAUGAUUGGAAUGCAUAAGGAAUAUUUUCAAUAUAGUUCAAUUAAGCAUCGUUCAUCAAUUGAUGAUUAAAAUAAUUUGAAUUGUAAGAGUUUUAAUUUGAUUAGAUAAUCUAACUUUAUUGGAUAGAUCCUAUAAUAUGCAUAAUUACAUUGAAUACUUUAUGUAUAAGUAAUUGAUGGGAAAUGAAUAAUCUUCAUUUUAACAAUUAGAGAAGUUCGCUUUGGCAUCACUUUUGAAUAUAUUUCCACACAUUUUAGUGAUUCCUUUAAUGAUUUGGAAUUUUAUUAUAUGGUAGGUUAAUUUUCGUGAUGAAAGUAUAGGAAAUAGUCUUUAUGGAUUGAUGAUAUUUUUAAAUGUUCUUACAAAUAUAGGAGCAUUGUUAUCAUGGAAUAUAUCAAUGAAUAUUUAAAAAACUUACACAAUUCGAGAUAAUAAUCAUUUACGUUUAGUUCAUUCAUUUUGGUUCAGGUUAUAAUAAAUCAUAACAGUAAUCCCAAUACUUGUUUAAUGGUUUUAUUUGUUGAUUAAUUUAGAGAAAGAUUUUGAUUAGACUUCUACACAUUAUUAUUUAAAUAUAUCCAUUAUACUAAUGUUAUAGGUUGGUAAUUUGAUUGAAUUCUUUAUAUGUCAUCCUUAUAUGGAAGAUUAUAAAGUUAAAACAAUACUAAUUAUGUUGCCAUUUACUCUAUCAGUCAUAAUCUCAUAGUAUUUUCAGCACAAUUAAAUUCAAAUCAUAUCAAUAGCAUUGAUUACAGUUCCCUUAUCAUCGAGAUUGUUGAAUGAAAUUAAAGCUUAUAUGAAUGAAGAAAUAUUGUACAAUUCAUAAUUCAAAGAAAAAUAAAGAUAGAGAACUAGGAUUCAAUCUAAAACUGCUCUAUUGAUGGAAGAAGAAGAACAAUUUGUUAUUGAGAAAGAAAUUAAUAAAUAAAAAUAAACAUAACUUGAAUACUUAUAAAAUAAGAAUACUAAAUAUUUUAUUCAUUAUUUAAGAUUAGUUGAUUUGAUGAAAUUAGAUGAUUAAUAAACAAUUGAGAAAGAUGCUUCAGUAAUCAAUUUAAAUAGAUCUAAGUUUAUUCUUAACAUUAUUGUCUUACUUAAAUAACACAUUAAUUAAUGUGAUAAUGUUUAUUGUUAUUGUAAAGGAUUUAGAGGUGAAAAACGAAGAAUAAUUGAAAAUAAUUAUCAUAGCUUAGAAAUGAGAAUAUAUUAUCAUAUCAAAAUAUAAAACCUUACAAUAUAAGUUGAAUUAAUAAAAAGAUAUAUUAGAUAUUAUGCUAAAUUGAUUUUUGAAAUUGAAAAAGAGAAAGAAGAUUAUGAUAUAAUACGUAUUACUUAACUUCUUACUUAUUUAAGCACUUCUGAAGAAUGCUAUUAAAUAUUAUUAUUGAUAAUGGAAAUGAAGGAGAAGAUAUAAAAUAAACAUUGUAUCACCUCCUCAGUUUCGAUGUAGGUACUUCUUAGUUACACAAAACAUCAAAUUCUUCUAAAAAUGAAUCCUUAAGUAAAAUUAGAAGAAGUAGAAGUUGCUUUGUAAUAUAAAGAUUAUCGUGUUACUGAAGUAAGAAGAGAUAAGCUUAUUUCAAAUAUGUUUUUAAAUGUUUAAAAAAAAUAUGAAUUUAUUCGAUAAUUAAUCGAUAACAAAUAUAAUUAUGAAUCAUUGUAUCAAUUAUUAAAUGACAUUGUUGAUUAUAAUUUAGAAAUUAUAAAAAAGAUUGAAUAAUUCAAUGAUUUCUCUUAAUCGAGAACCUCCUUAUUAAUUUAUAUGUUUUAUUGUAUAGAAAUACUGAAUGAUUUUGAUAAGUUUAUACGAUUAAGGAAUCAAUUAAAAACUAAAAAUUUUAAGUUUUUUGAAUCUAAUAGUGGAUCUCAUAAUUAGAAAGUGUGUUAUUUAAAAAUUAAUUUAGCAAGACAUGCUAAAAAAGGUAAAAUAUCAAGAGGAGAGAUUAUUCAAUACUCAAAUAAUGCUCCUUAUGUUUUUGGUUAUGGACAGAGAGAAUUUUAAGAAGAAAUUUUAACUGUUAAUUAAUUAGUAGUUCCUCAUUUAUCAGGAAUUCAUGAUUAAUUAAUGGAAAUAUUUCUAUUGACUAAUAGACCUGUUAUUUUAAGAAAGAAGAGAGCACUUUUGGCAUAAAAAAAAAAUAAAGAUUUAUUAUUUGUUGAAAUGUUUAUUGAUGUUUGCUUUAAUCUAACUGGAGAUUUAUUUCCAAUAUAUUGUUUCAUUAAAUAAAUUGAGACUGAUGGUGCUUAUGAAAAUAUUAAGGGUCAUCUUUAUUUAAAUAAUGAAUUGAAAAUUGAAGGAAUUACAACUAUGGCAAUUGAAUAAUUUAAAUUGAAAGAUGGAAAAAGUUUAUAAAAGAUUAAAUUAAAACAGUUAAUCUAAAACUCUAAAAAAUAUUUAGAACUUUUGAAUAAUAAAGAAAAAGAUUUUUAAGAAUAAGAAUUAUUACGAUAAGAAUUAAAUAGUUGUUCUUAAUAAUUUAAUUUCUCCGAAACUGAAUAACUACUUAAUCAUUUUUCUAUUACUGCUGAUGAUAUUUUAUUCAAAAUUCCUAAAGAAAAUGGAAUUCCAGACAUCUUUUGUACUACUUGCAAAUUCAUUAUGACUAUAGCUAAAAUUAAUGGAAAAGUACAUAAAUCUUUUAUGAUUGAAUUUUUAAAAAUUACAAUUGCUGAUAAUUAAAGUUAAAUUUGGAUAGAUUCUCCAAAAAACCUAUAAUCUAAAUCAAAAACAGAAACCAAUAUGGAAAUCUCAUAAAAUAAUGAACCUAUAGAAUCAGAAUAAUAAUUAUAAUCAUAAUCGAUAUUCUCUCAAAGUGAUGAACGAUGUGAAUUUUCUAAUAUUUCUGAAAAAUAAUAAAACUAAUCAAUCCAUUUUGAUGAAUAUUAAUUUCAAAUCGGACCCCACAUAUAAAGUCCAUUUGAUUCUUAAAGAGAUCUUUUAUCAUUAAUGAGCAAUACUAAUAAUAUUUAACCAUUUGAUCAAUAAAUAAUUAGUGUCUAAAUUGAUGGAUAAAGUUUAUAACAUUUAAGAAUUGAAUAGAAAAUAAAAUAAAAAAUAUAAAACAAAGCCAAAUACCAAUAAUCUUAUUUUCAUAAAAAUAUCUCUAAAAAAUCAUUUGAAAUUGAUAAUAAUUAAUCAGAAAAUAAUUAAAUUUAAAAAGAUUAAGAAUGUGACAUAAGAAUUACUUAAACUCCAACUACCUAAAAUAAUGCAAUACCAUCUAUGCUUUAAAAAACUCAUUUAUAUAGUAAAUUUUCAUAAUCAGAUAAUCAUCCAAAAUUAAUUAAUUUAAUUUUUAUGAUAGACUUUUUAAAUAUUUCAUUAUUUUUAAGUCUGGGAUUCAUAUUUUAUUUUAAUUUUAAAUUUAAAUUAGAAGAAAAUAUGAAAAUUGUAGACAUCUUAAGAGCAUUUGUAACUACAGAUUAUACAAUAAAUACCUUAUUAGCUUUAGGUGUAGAUAUUGAAAAUUUAGAUAAAGAUCAUGAUUAAUUGUUAAAAUCUUAAUAUCAAGCUAAAUUGCUUGAAUAACUUUAAGUAAAUUGCUAAAAUUAUUUAUCUCAUUAUUAAUAAUAUUUAGAUGAUAGUCUAGUUAAAGCAACACUCUCAGAUAUUUAUAUAAAUUAAUUUGAUUAUUAUAGUGGAAAUGAAUAGUAAGUAAGUGCUUGGACUGAAUAGUUCUAUGUUAUAUAUAUGUAAUAAGGACUUUAUGGAAUCAAUUUAUCUAAUAUCACUACUAUUUAAAAAUAUAACAGUUCUCUUGGCUCUUUAAUUAGUUAAUAUUCAGUCCAUAAGGAAGCUUAUGAAAAAUUAACAAUAAAAUUUUAAUAAUAAAUAGACAACAAUGUUUCAGACCUUGAAAACUAACAGGAAAUUUGUUUAAUCAUUUUUUUAGUAAAUGAAGUUUUACUAAUAAUUGUUUAUUCAAUAGUAUUUCGUUAAUUGUUUCGACUUCUUAAUAGGAUUUUAAGGAGUUGUGAACAAAUAUCUUUUAAAGCUUUAGAAACAGAAUCCAUUAGAUUAUUAUCUUUACAACAUCGAUAUUAAUAACCAUCUGAUCUUAAUUUAUAUAAGUAUCAAUUUCAAUUUAAGGAUAAAUGUAAUAUCAAUACUAGUUUUAAUGAUAUGUUUACAAAUAAACGAAUAUCCAUGAGAUUUUAAUAGAUUGUGUAAUAAUAAGAGUAAAAAAAAUAAUUUAUAAUUUCUGAUGAGAAACCAAAAUUUUAGAGAUUAUUUUUCUUAGUUUAAUCAAUAACAUUGUUGAUAGGUUUGGUUUACUUUUUAACUGUUAAAGUAUUUAAUUCUUCAAAUAUUACUAGUUUAAAAAAUAAUUUGGAUUUAUUUAAUUAAAAUAUUAUAUACACAGAAUAAUUCUAUUAAAUGAUGAUGACAGAUUAAAUCUUGUAAAAAUAUUCUUAAUCUCAUUAUAAUCUUUCCAUCGGAAAUGAUAUUAUAACAUAAUAUUAGACUCUGAUUUAAGAAUCAUAUAAUAAAGUUAUAUAUUUUGGCUAAAUGAUAGCCUCAGAAACUGAAGAAAAUUAUUUUGAUUUACUUCAAUAUUUAACUAAUGACUCAUGUUCUUUAAUAAAUGAUACUUUAUGUUCUAUUGUAAUUGAUGGAAAAUUAACUUAAGGAUUAAUCUAUUCAACAGAUUAUUUUGUGUAGAAAGUUAGCGAAAAUAUUUAAAACAAUUAUGAAUUUGAAAACUUAAUAAAAUUAACUGAAUUAGAUCUAAUAGGAUUAAAUUUUAUUAGUGAAGCAUUUAAUAAUAUAAUGGAUUAAGGUUAAUUGAAUCUAAUCCUUAAAUUUGAAGCAGAAAUUCAAUUUAGAACUAUAUUUUUCUCUGUCUUUAUGGUUAUUUUUAUUAUUUAAUAGUUUUUAUCAUCAAUUUUAUUAUAUAGAUUCUUUAGAAAUCGUUUUUAUAAAAUAAGAUAAUUACCAUAUGUACUACCACCUUAGUCAGUUUAUGGAGAAGAAAGUUUUCUUAAAACUUUAAUAUAUGUUUAAAAAAUAUAUGACAAUCUCUUAUAAUGA